AGGGAUCUAAUUAAUUGGAUCGAAGAAACCCUAGCUAGGUUAAUUAAGGUCUAUAAUGGGGAGGGGAAAGAUAGUGAUAGAGAGGAUAGAUAACACCACGAGCCGGCAAGUGACGUUUUCGAAGAGGAGAAGCGGUCUUUUGAAGAAGGCUAAGGAGCUUUCGAUUCUUUGCGACGCCGAAGUUGGCCUUAUCAUCUUCUCCACCACCGGAAAACUCUACGAAUUUUCCGGUGACAAUCGCAGUAUGAAAUCAAUUAUCGACCGAUACACUAAAGCGAAAGAGGAGCACCAUAAGCUACUUAAUCCCGGUUCCGAGAUCAUGUUUUGGAAAAGGGAAGCAGCAAAUUUAAGGCAGCAGUUGCUGGAUUUGCAAGAAAAUCAUCGGAAAUUGAUGGGAGAAGAACUUUGUGGGAUGAGUGUCGACGAUCUGCAAAGAUUAGAAAACCAGCUCGAAACGAGCUUGGGUGGCGUGCGAAUGAAAAAGGAACAAAUAUUAACAGAAAAGAUUCAAGAGCUAAAGCGGAAGGGGAAUCUCAUGCAUCAAGAAAAUGUUGAGCUAUAUAAGAAGGUAAAAUUCAUGGAAGAAGAAAACACGGAAUUGUAUCGAAAGGCUUACGGAGCAAGGGAAAUUUUUGUACCUAAUAAUGGAAGUGGCUUUCUUUCGUUCGGUUUAACGAUUAACGAUGGGCCGAUUCAGCUUCAGCUAAGCCAGCCUGCACAACCAGAUAAUAUUGAAACGCCAACAAGAACAACCGAAUCAAGAUUGCUCAAAAAAAACGUGGAAAAUGCAAACGGAAUCCAAUCACGAAAACAAGCAGAAAUGCUUCAACUGCACCGUGUAUAG